AGGCGUGGCCGUCCCAACACCAGCUCUCGAUGUGUUGCCGCCGGCCCGUUCUGUCUAGCGAAGCAAACCCACGGGAACCGUCAAUUAAACGCCACGGAAGCUGCUCAGACGGACGUAACCAUGGAGACGGACAGCGAGCGGCAGCAACAGCGGGAUGCCUCGGCCAAGGAGAGUGCUCCAUCUGAGACCGGUCCCCGCCCCUUGGCGAUCAACUCCAUGUCGCUAUGCGAAAGGCAGGCGGUGCAGGCCCUGCAGGCGCUCCAGAGGCAGCCGCACGCCGCUCACUACUUCCAGCAGCUGAUGCUGCAGCAGCACAUCAACAAGACGCAACUGCACAACCUGGCGACCGUGCAGCAAGUCAAGGCCUGCGUGACGUCAGGCUCCUCCACCGCCGCCGCCGGCGGUCGGCCCGUCACCGUGGCAACGACGUCCACCCUCAGCCAGUCGUUGCUCCUGAGCAGCGGGGCGGGGCCACGCGGUCAGAUGUUUCUCAGGGUCAACCGUUCCCUGAGGGCACCCAUCUCCUCGCAGCUCAUCUUCUUGCCUGGUGGAGCGCCGCCGACGGCCGUCGCUCAGCCGCCCAGUCGAGAAGUCCCGGGCACCGCCUCCUCCGGCAGCCAAACGGAUGCUGAGCCGGUCCAAAACUUGGCCGUGAGGAGCACUUCCGGUUCUAAGGGAGUCAAGAUGGAGGAGCCCGAAAGGAGCGACGCAGCCACCCGCUCAGUGGUUCCAUCCCCCAAGAAGAUAAAUCAGCCACCACCGUCGCCCAUCAAGAUCCCCACCUACCCUCAGCCCAGCCACCUCAAGGCCCACCCGCUUCUACUUCAUGCGACCCGGACCCUCAGUGCGGGCACGGCCGUGCCCACCACUUUGGUCCUGACGUCAGCCACGACCUCACAGGCUCGUGCGUACCCGCUAGCCACAGCCACUUUCAAGCCAGCGGCAGCGGUGGGGGCUGGCGGCGCCCAGACCUUGGUGGUCCAGCCUUUGCAGAAGAGCCUACUUGGCACUGACAAGGUGGCUCACGGCAAUGGGCCGGUUCCCAUCCAGCCCAAAACCCAGCAGGGUCUCCGCCAGCCCCUCCAGCUGCCUUCCAGAAACCCGCCGCCCAUCAUGCCCGCCCCGCCGCCGCCGGCCGUCCGUCCCGGAAGGGCCCUGCAGACGCCCCACAUCCCCUUUCAGAUCAUUGGCGCCCAGCGGAGCACACUGAGAAGCGGCCAGGCGGGUUGUGGUCAGGAGGGGGCCGCCGUCCUCACCAGCCCGCUCACCAUGGUGCCCUCCUCCGGGGAGGGCGGCGUCCAGGGACGGGUUCAAUGUCCGAGUGCAGUCCUGGCAGCCUCCCCAAGUGCUCCCCAGGCAAGGGAGGCGCAAAGCGGUGCAACGGCUGCCUCCGCCAGUGGCGCCGCCGCAGCACGUCCCAGUCUGCAGAGCAAGCAAGUGGCGCAGAAACGUAAGCUGGAAUUCAACGAUGACUUUGUCCCCGCAGUCCAACGGCCGCCGCCAUUACGAGACGAUGCCUCAACUCUAGCCAACAUGGUCACCGGUUCUGCCACCUCCUCGCCCCCACCCUUGCAGUCUGCGUCCCGGGCCGUGUGCAAACCGGGCAAGAAGGCUCCUCCCCCCCGAGCGGUGGUCAAACCGCACAUCCUGACACACGUCAUCGAGGGCUUCGUCAUCCAGGAAGGCGGACGACCUUUUCCCGUGUGCGGGACAAUCAAAGACUCUGCUGGGGACAACCUCGCCGGCAAGCAGGACCCUGCACCUGUGGCAGCAGUGCUGAAGUGUGACUAUUGCGAGAAGUUGGCACCCGCCAGCCAGUGCCCAGGUACCAAAAGGUUCUGCUCCACCUUGUGUGCAAAGAGGUAUGAGCUCACCUUUGGCAGGCGGCCAUCUUGGGAGCAUCAAAGGCACCCGUCCAACUCAGCGGACGAAAGCGACGCGGCCGAGAGGCGCACGAGGAGGAAGGUGUCGCGUCGGACCGGCUCGGAAAUUGCCGGCCGGCCGCUUUCGGUCCAGCACCACGCCGAGUCAGGUCACUUUGACAGCGCGUCCAGCGGUCCGGAGGACGAGGCUGUGUCCCUCUCGUCUGCUCCGUCGCUCACUUCCCGCCACCGGCGACCCCCGCCGCCGGCAUCAUCAUCAUCCUCAUCCCCCGUGCCGCACGCCGAGGGGACGCCCACCGCGCCUUCAAGCCCCGCUCACUGGAGUGUUGACCAAGUAUCGCAGUUUAUUUGCUCCUUGCAAGGUUGCGAGAAGCUGGCGUCGCUCUUCCUGGCGCAGGAGAUCGACGGCCAGGCGCUGCUUCUGCUGAGCGAGGAGCACCUGGUGUCGACCAUGAACAUCAAGCUGGGCCCCGCCCUCAAGAUUUGCGCGCACAUCCAUAGCCUGAGGGAAUGAGAUGGUACCCAGUUGGGUCAAGUCUCAAACUUGAGCUCCUCAAUUGUGAACUUUUGUGGUGCGGACAAACCGAACAGAAUUUGGAUUCUGCGCGCUGGACCCGGCGUGGCCACUGGGCUCAAAAUGGCCGACCUAGUGUGUGAUGUUUGUGUGUUUGUAUUUAAACUCUCGCCUUCUGGUGGAACCUUGAA